AUGGAUUUUGUUCUGGUUACCCGUUCUAAUAGGAAAAAAAGAGGAAAUAAAAAAAAAGAAAAAAAAGGUGCAAGAACGAAUGUAAACGUUGAUAAUGAGUUAUGGUCUCAAGAAGCACUAGAGAAGAGAUUGACGAAAAAUGAAGAACGAUUUCAUGUGGGAGCAUAUUUUGAAAAAAUAAAAUCUUUUCUUGAGCCAUACUCGCUUCAAUUUAAGCAUUGUCUAAUUCUUGGUCUAGGUCGAGUUCAUACUAUUACAGCUUCCUUACAACUGCAACUAUUCUUCGAACUUCAAAGUAUUUUUCAAAUUCCUUCUCCAAAUUGUUCUUUUUACGACCCAGCAUUUCUAGAAGAUGAUAUCCAAUUUCUACAAAACAAAGACUUUACUUUACUAAAAGAAUCUCCCAAGCCAGAAGAAUGCCUUGAGAAUACUUUGCUGUUUAUGCCCCACUGCCCUACUUCUUUAUACGAACAAUGGCUUGAUGCUUACUCGAAAUCCGAAAAACAAUUUUCUAUGUGUGGUAAUAAUCUCAAACUGUAUGUGGACAAUCUACCAUCUAAAGAAAUUAAGUCAAAAUACCCAAACAUCUAUAGAGUAUGCCAGCAAAAACUACAUACCCAAAUUUUAUUUCCUGAAUUUUCCGAGGCGUUUGCCUUUAAUGAUUUUGCUUUCCAUUUUCCUUGUUCCCAUCGGUCGAAUGAGGAUCCAGAGACGACUUCGCCUGAGAAGACACCGUCGACUGCUGUUGAUGUUUCAAACGUUGCUGAGCACCCCAAUUGA